AUGGCAAUUCGAGUGACUUUGGAGUGUGGCCAUGCAUCAAUGUUACGUGUGCGGACAACGCCUCAAGGUUAUACACAUGAUUGGGAAGUUUUUGUACGUGGAAUCGAUAACGCUGAUAUUAGCCAAUACGUUGAUAAAGUUGUUUUCCAUCUGCACGAGACAUUUCCAAAGCCAAAGAGAAUAUUGAAAGAGCCACCAUAUGUGGUUAAAGAAUCGGGAUACGCUGGUUUUGUAAUACCAAUUGAUGUUUACUUGAAAAAUAAGGACGAACCAAGAAGGAUACAAAUAUCGUACGAUCUCAUUUUAUUACCAAGUGGUCCGGCCUUCAAUAAUGUUAUCCGACAUCACGAAGUUUUCGCCAAUCCGUCAGAAGAAUUUCGGAAAAAAUUGCUUAAAGGUGGUGGUGUUACUGUAUCAAACUCAGAGGAUCCAGUGGAAAAGGGUGACUUGAAAAUGGUGCCGCCAAUGGUGAGUAAGCCAAAGUUGAGCGGGACCGAGGUGAAAAAGCACCGAACAACGGAUCUGCGAACGUCGAAUUCCUUCGCGGAUUUAUUCGGGAAUCCAAUGACGUUACCGGCGAAAGUAUCGCCGGAGAGUAAGAGAGCGCAGUCUGAGAAACUUGUGGUUUCUAAAGGAGCAGUACCGGAAAAAGUGGAGAAAUUUGAAAAAUCGACGAAAGCAAAGCACAGUCCGCACAAGGACAAGAAAAAGGACAAGAGUGUGGAGGGAGAGAAGAAGGAAAAGAAAGACAAAGGGUCAUCAAAGGAAAAAGAACGCGGUAAAGAGAAGUCGAAGCGUGCACCGAGUCCCGGAGGAAAUAAGGAGGAACUUUAUGCAACAGGGAAAAAGGGAUCGCCACAAUCGCCGACGAAAAAAGCGCUCUUAGUUCCUUUGCCAGUUCCGUCCCAAAAGUCUCCUUCGCCCAAACCUAAAGAGAAAGAGCACAAGAAAACACACCCAGACAAGGAGAAAGAUCGAUUGAAGGACAACUUCAAAAUGCCGAUUGAGGAGCGCAAACUCGAUCGGAAGAAAAAGAAACACAAGGAAGAGAAGAGCAAAGAGCGCAAAGAGAGAGAAAAAGAUCACGAGAAGACAAAAGACUCAUCUAAAAAGAGUGAGAGAAAAAUAUUGAAACCUGAGAAACACGAGGGAGCGGAAAAGGAGAAAAGUGUGGAAAGGAAAGUAGGAAAAGAAGAGAAAAAAUCGCCGAAGCACCAGAAAGACAAGGAUAAAGUUCGCAGCGAGAAGAGCGACCGAAUCGAAACUGGUGACAAGCCUCGAGAUGUACGCACGGACAAGGAUAAGCAAAAGCACAAACAUAAGAAAAAGGAGAAAAAAGACCGAAACGAGGAAAGCUCGGAAAAGGAAAAGUCGGAUAAACUCAAGCUCACGAACGAUAAGAAAUCCUCUUCCUAUUCAAAUGCCUCUCCAACCCCCGAUGCUCAUUCGGGUUCACUCAUUGAUAGGGGUGACAGCAGUGAUUCGGCGCAUUCGCUCGAUGAAGAUCCCCUUCCAACCACCAAACCAUUCAAUGAUCCUAAAAACGAGCCAGAAACGUUGCUACCAAUAUCGGACUCCUCGAAAGCCCUUUCGUCGCCUUGUGGAACGACUGAUUCAAAGCCCGAGAUCGACGAGGGAUCAAAACGAGAAAAAACGAAAAAUGCUCGUAGUGAGGAGCGCAAGAGAAAACGAAAAUUGGAAGCAGGCCAGCAGGACGAGCAUUCGUCGAAACGCUCCAAGGAUCGAGAACACUCGAUUUCCCCAUCUGUCGAGCCCGUUUCCUCCAGCCAAUCUCCCAUCUCAAGUGACCUUGACACGAGAUACAAUUUCAAGGACACCGCUGCACCCUUAACCCAAGCCCAAGACAACGACUCGACCGAGACUGAGCAAGUCGCUCCUGACUCAACCAACAAUGCGUUCAUCGAACCAGAACCCGAUUCCCACCCAGCCCAACAAGUUUUCUCCGACGAUUAUGUUACGCAGCUGAAAGAACUGCAACAAAAAAUCAUGACCCUUCAGGAUAAUCAAGAAUUGCAGAGGGUUGUACAAGUUAUCGCCGAAACCGGUCAAUACGAAAUCACUAAAAAGACAUUCGACUUUGACCUUUGCGCACUCGAUCGUAGAACAGUAUUGCGGUUACAACAAUUUUUUUCUACGUCGUGA